AUGAAUGGGAGAUGUGUGUUCCGGGACUCAGCAGUGUCGAGGAGGUACGAGGGGUCGAAAUCGAAUGAAAGCCACUGUGGGGAGAACUCGGCAGGGUCCUCGGCAAACCUUCCAUUGACGAGUACGAGUAGAGUAAGGCUCUCCGACCUCUCCCGCUCCGGCAUCUCCGCCCUCCUUUUCGGCGCGCAACGCCAGGUCGAAAUGCAGCUUGACUUGGACUUCGGCCAGCAACGCAUUGGGCCGCCACUGGGACGAUACCGUUACAAUCGAGCCGACCUGCCGAUAUACGCCAAAGACCUCAAGGCGAGGGAGGAGCCGAACCUGACGUGGGAGAUGGUGCUGGAGGCGAUUGAGUUGGUGAGAUUCUGUACCGUUGGGAGAGAUAUAUACUUGGAGAUGGAGGCGGGGAUUUAUUAUACGGAUGUUGGGCUUCGGGAUGUCGUGGUCAAACUUGCGGCAUCAGGCCAUGUGCAUCAGAAAUCGUUUAAUCAGUAG